AUGGCUUCUUCAAAGAGAUGGGCAAGCAUCAUAUCGUCUAUUGCUUCUUUUCUUCAUUUCUUUGUCAUAAUCUUUCAAGUGCCCGUUUUCAGGGUACCAUGUAGGACUGGAACAUGUACUUCACCUGUAGAGGUCAUGUCCUCCCACUUGAUUGCAACUGAACUCUAUCCUGCAUUUGGGCCCAAGGCUCUUCUGUAUCCUGGUGCCAUUGCUAGAUCUUAUAUCAAGAACAGAACCUUCCCAUGCUAUAGUAAAUUGUCGAAGCUAUAUAACUUGACCAAUCUGAGGAAAACCUCUGCAUCGACUGAUCUCCAGCACCUAGAGAUUCUGGCAGGAAGCUACUUAGCAGUGGCAGGAGCAGUAUUAGGUCUCAUAAGGCUGGGCAGGACGAGCCUCUUUGGAACACUGCUUAUCCUAUGGGGCUUUGUAAGAGAAGUCAUCCUGAAAAACUCUGCUAAUGUGAAUUCCGCGAGGAGUAUCCAUAUCUACCCAGUAACAAUGUGCAUUGCUCUUCUUUGUGCUUUCUUGACUAUAAGAAAGGAUGUUAGAAAGCUUAUCCGUUGUUGCAGAACUCGGCGAGGUGCAAAGUCUCUACGGUUUAAAGCGAAAAUUAUGUGAUACUUGCUACUGGAUUAGCAUUUUUAUAUGUAUAGAAAGCAACCAUUCUUUGGAUUAUAUGGCAGAAAAAAAUAGAGGAUGUUGCAUUUGGAGUGCUACGUCUUUAGAGACUUAUCAGAAAACAUAUGGAAUAUUGGAUGCAUAGGAGGAGUAUGUUUUGGAUCGUCUUGUGGCUUGUAAUUGGUUCGUCAGCUUUUCUCAACCACUGAGAAUGAAAGGAGAAGCUCUAUUUGUUGCAGUGGCUGUAAGAAACGAGGAAUUUCGAAGAUAUAAAAUUCAGAGAAUUUCCAAGACCGUCGAAAGUAGAUUUUAAAGGGGGACCGGACCUCCUGUAAAGCACCGAUUGCCAUAGCCAUGGGGUCCUCGGAGAAAGGCAACUCCGUGGGUUUUGGCAAGUAGUGUAUGCGGACGAAUAUCUUUUUGUCUCUUCCUAGGGUUUAGCUUUCCAUGAGGGGUCACACACAUCAAUUGUAGGUGUGCACUUGCAAUCAAA